UAUAGAUUUAUAUUUUCAUAACUUUAAAUCGUAACGAGGUAGGUUUAGCUGGCAAGAGUGGAAAAACGUCGUCGUUGGGAGUUGGGUUUGGCUGGCUCCAGUGGCGGUGGUUGUUCUCUCUCUCCGAUCAGUAAUGGCCAGCUCUUCUUCUAUCUUCUUGGGCCCGAUUAUUCUGCUCCUUCUCACUUUCUCAGAUUCCGCAGUACACGUGGCGAGCAUAGGUGUGGGAAUAAACUACGGCCAAAUCGCGAACAACCUCCCGUCGCCGUCGCGAGUAGCGGUCCUCCUCCAAUCUCUGAACAUCAGCAGAGUAAAGCUCUACGACGCCGAUCCGAACGUGCUCAAAGCCUUCUCAAACACCCAAGUGGACUUCAUAAUCGGUCUCGGCAACGAGAAUCUCCAAAACAUGGGUGACCCAAUCAAAGCCCAAGCUUGGAUCGAAUCCCACGUCUCACCUCACCUUCCUCAGACCCAAAUCACAUCCAUCGUCGUCGGAAACGAAGUCUUCAACCUAAACGACACCCAACUAAUGUCGUUUCUAUUCCCGGCCAUGCAAACCGUCUACAACACACUCGUCAAUUUGGGUCUCGAAAAGAGAGUCAGCGUAACGACGGCUCAUUCCCUCACCAUUCUAGCCAGCUCCUACCCACCUUCCGCCGGAACAUUCCGGCAAGAUCUGGCGGAGUAUCUCAACCCGAUUCUCAACUUCCACGCCCAAACCAAGACACCAUUUUUAAUCAACGCCUACCCUUACUUCGCUUACAAAGACAGCCCAAACGAAGUCCCGUUAGACUACGUUCUCUUCCGGCCAAACCAGGGGAUGACCGAUCCCAACACGAAUCUCCACUACGACAACAUGUUGUACGCUCAGAUUGACGCCGUUUACGCCGCCAUUAAAGCUUUGGGCCACUCCGGCGUCGAGGUGAGAAUCUCCGAGACUGGUUGGCCCUCUAAGGGGGAUGCCAACGAGGCCGGAGCAACGCCGGAAAAUGCAGAGGUUUAUAAUGGAAACCUCUUGAAGAGAAUCCAGCAGAACCAGGGUACUCCGGCGAAUCCAACGGUGCCGGUGGAUAUUUACGUUUUUGCCCUUUUCAAUGAGAAUAUGAAGCCUGGUCCGGCGUCGGAAAGGAACUAUGGACUGUACUAUCCUGAUGGGACUCCGGUCUAUAAUAUUGGGUUGCAGGGUUAUCUACCGGAGCUGGCUCUGGAAAAUUCUUCUUCUUCAUUUUUUUCUUCAGCUUCUUCUUCUGUUAUUCAUGUGUUGUCCAUAUUUAAUUUUCUAAUAUUUCUUACAACCUACUUAAUAACCAUUGAUUAAAAUUGAAGAAGACAGAGAGAGUUUUAACAGGGAGGUUUCUUGAACAGCUUCAAAUUUUGCAGCAUCCAAUGGCAGAAUAUGUGGAUUUUUUUUUUGCUGACACAUUUAGAGACCUUAAGGAGUGAAUAUAUUUUUCAUCUCAAAAAAAAAAAAAAAAAAAGUAAAGUGAAGUAAUAAGGGUGAGAAUAUACACUUGUAGUCAAUUCUUUGAGAAAAUUUAAAUAAUUGAGGUCACUAGCUUGGUGGGUAAUUUCAUUAGAUUUAUAGGAGUUGACAUUUAAGUCAUAUAUAUUGUAUAUGGAUUGUCACUAUUCAAUUUAAAUAUAAUUGACCAA